CAUUUCUACAUCUUUGGCAUAGGCAGUGAACACAACGGAGGCUCGAUGGACACAUCUUUUUCGUAAUAAUAUGGGACGUGUUACGUUCUUUAUCGCGAUCUCUCUAAACGUGAGAUUGUAAAAAGUCAUGCGCGGUCCUCCGCGAAGAUCGAUUAUCGUGUGGCUUACUCUAGCGUUCUUCUUACUUUUUGUUUGUCGAUUAUUGCUUGACCGAGGUUAUCGCCUUCAUUUAUUGUCGAUAGAAAACGCAAAGGAACGAUCGUAUGGAAUAAAGAAAAGUCGAGUGCAAACGUUGAAUUAUCGAGGGGAAGAUGUAUCAACGGGUGGAACCUCCGCGUAUAUCGCUGGUGCUUACAUGGCCGGUCGGUUAUCUGGAAAUGAAAGUUCUUGCAUCUGGUAUUACGGUUUACCGCGUUCUCUUUCAUAUCCUUCCUCGAAGAUAAACUGGACACCAGAGAUUGGAGAGAAGAGCCCGUAUAGAGUACUUCCGUUUGCUAUACGUGGCAAAGACCGAGACCGAGAGGAUGCACCGCCGAUAACUUUAUGCACUCACGCGACAGCCGACCAAGUUUACGGCAUCGUCGAACUCGCCCGCAGGUGGGAGGGACCAUUGAGCCUGGCCGUUUUCGCGCCCGGUCUCGACGCCGGCCUGGCCGUCGCUCUACUCGAUCGUGCUUGUCGAUGUGAAACAGCCAUGUCCAAGGUAUCCGUCCAUUUAGUAUUUCCCGCGGGAAGAGUACCCGCUCUUGGUCGAGCCUAUAAAGAAAAAGAUGAUUGUACCGCUUCGGAUCUACAAUGGCGAGGAACGGAGACCGAAAGAUGGAAGAGCGGUAUGACGUAUCCUAUUAACGUAGCAAGGAAUGUGGCUAGAACCUCGGCUAGUACUGCACGCGUUCUCGUAUCCGACAUUGAACUUUUACCCAGCGAGAGAUUAGCCUCCGGAUUUGUAGCUAUGGUCCAUGGUAGACCGCCUAAACUUGGCGUCGUCUUUGUUCUACCUGUAUUCGAAAUCGAUAAGAAUGAGCAGCCCCCAUCGAAUAAAAGAGAACUCCUGUCUGCAGUUAAAGCUGGUCUAGCUGUUUACUUUCAUAGGUAUAGAUUCCUGUGCCCACAUUGCCAAAGAUUUCCAGGCUUAACCAGGUGGAUGGUAAGGACAGACCCAGGAAAAGUCAAACCUCUUAUUAUUACUCGCAGAGAAUAUCCCCAUCAUAGAUGGGAGCCUGUCUUCAUAGGGAUGCGAGAAGAUCCUCUUUAUACGGAAAAUAUGUCUUGGGAAGGAAAACAAGAUAAAAUGGCACAGAUGUUCGAGAUGUGUCUCUUAAAUUAUCGUUUAGUUGUACUCGAUGGUGCCUUCUUAGUACAUACACCAGGAAUUAAGCGUAAACCACAGAUUGUCGGGGUAGCGAGAAAAGAAUUUUUGAGACCUCAUGAAAAAAAAAAUGCAAAACUUUACCAACGGGUCGUUAAGAGAUUGCUCGCGCAAUAUCCUACUAAUCGUAAAUGCACGCAAUGAUGAUUAAUAUUAAACAUUCAAAUUAUUAUUUUCAAAAAGAGUAUCAAAUUGUAAGGCAUAUUUUUUAGCCUUGGCGUUACAUGCUAAUCAUAACGUAAAACCAAUUUUCAUAGUUUCUAUUGUUAAGUAUUUUAUCUUGAAUCAAUUAGAUGAAAACAAUUCAAAUAAUAAAUUAUUAUUCUUACUUUAUAUAAGGAAGAAUUAUUUAAAAAAAAAAAAAAAA